AUAAAAUGUUAGUAAAUGGAUCAAAGCGAGCAGACCCAAACGUUCUUACGGAGAAAAGUGAACGAAGUCAGGAUGUGCUGCCUAGCGGAAUUUAUCGUUAAAUAUGUGUUAAUUAUUGUCAACAUUGUUUUUGCCCUCGCCGGUCUAGCAAUCAUCGGCUUGGGUACAGCAGUUCACGUCAAUUUGAGUGACUUCUACCAGAUCAUCGACAUCAGGGUGCUGACCAUCUCCGUUAUCGUGCUAGGAUGCAUCGUCUUUGUCAUAGCAUUCUGUGCCUGCUGCGGCGCCAUCAGGGAAUCAAAAUGCAUGCUGGGUUUCUACGCAGCCUGCAUGGCGAUCCUGGCAGCUCUUAAAAUCUACAUCACCGUUGUCAUAUUCUCAUUCUUGGGGCACACCAUGGAAACUAUAUCAAGAUGGCUAGAUACUGCCUUCAGAAACACUGACCUAGAACCAGUUUUCAACGGGAUGGAGAUACUGUUCCAAUGCUGCGGUACAAACGGAACAUCUUCUUAUACUGCAGCUGGUCGCCUAAUACCAGUUUCAUGUUGUCCAAAUCCGAACGCACAAAAUCCGCCCCCGUGCGACAGCGCAAAUGCAUAUGGCGGCUGCACUGACAAACUGAGCGAUUACUUCGACACCUUCGGAGAAGCCAUUGGAGGAGUCCUUAUUGUUGUAAUCAUUGUUGAGUGUGUCUGUGUCAUCUUCGGGCUGUUCAUGUGCUGUCAGAUAAGAGCACGGAGGAAUUAAGUUAAAAUAUAACCUUUUUAUCGUUGGACCUUUUUUAAAAAAGGGCACACGAUAAACUGAACGAUGCCAUCUCAAAACUUAUAAUUUAU